AUGGCACAGCAGGACGUUAUCAAACAGGUCCAUCCUGCGUUACAGGAGCCUGACCCUCUGGGCUGCUUCUUCCUGAGCUCACCCCAAGAUUUCAGAGAGUUUAAGGAGCGCUAUUAUAGGAUCGACGGCUUGCAGGAAAAUGAGGAGAGAAACGAUGAGCCGACAGGACGGAAAACUCCUCUCUAUCCAACACGUUUUGGAGCGGUAUGCUCAGACGGCAGCAUCAGGGUGUUUGACUUGCAGGGCGAGAGCUAUGACAAGCUGCUGUGGCGGGCCAGCUUGCUGCGAAAUGCAUACGAUGCUGACGUGUCACGCGACAGGACACUUUUGCUCGUCAUGAACAUUUAUGCAGAGGCUCGAGGACAAGAAGGCGAUCGUUUUCGAGAGGAGCUGUGCGUUUACAACCUCGCAACGGGCAAGCAGCUUUGGAGGUUUUUUGUCGAUUACGGGGCCGCACAGCUUGUGAACCCGUUUGCAAACAAGGACGACCGCGGUUAUGGGGAGUACCUUGUAGCCAGCGAAGAUGCGGGGCUCGUGUCUGACACUGAUGGCGGGACGACAACUCUUCAAAUGCGCGGGAAGCUGAUCACUUCUGGUGCAGACAGGAAGGUCCGGCUGUUCAGUCUUGAAUCCAAGAACCUUCUGCGGGUGGUUAACACAGACAGUGUUUCCACAACUAGGCUAAUGCGUCUCCAGGUCAACAAGGACUUCGACCAGAUGCUCACUACAAACCACAAGGAGGAUUCGUGCUUAAUUCUGUGGGACCUCAAUACUGGCGAGGAGAAGUGUAGAUACAAUGGCAUUCACGCAAAGGGCAUCUGUUGUGCCCGGUUCACACGUGACGGGCUGCACUGCUUAACAAGCUCAGUUGAUAAAACCGCUGUAAUCACCAACCUCUCAACAGGCUAUAGGGCUUCAGACACAGCAAAUGUGUUAAAGCGCGGCAUAAGUGUCCCUGGAAGGUUCCAGGAUCGACCCCGGCAAAAGAGGAAUAAUAAAUCCCUCAACCGUAAGCGGGAGGAUGCACCCACAUGCCGAUGGACGGUGAUGGACCCGGCUCUAGUGAUCUGCAAGACAGCACAGCGAUUCGCGGGACAUCAAGAUGUGGUGUAUCUCGCAGCACUGUCACCGGAUGAAGACACCCUGGCGACUGCCUCGUACGACAAAACCGUGCGCAUCUGGGACGUGGCGACGGGAGUCGUGCUGCACAUGAUUGCUGAUCACUACAGCGCACCGUUAUGCAUCUUGUUCCAGCAUCCCGCAUGGCUUCUGAGUUGUAGCAAGCGCGGUGAUGUUAUGGGCAUCAAUAUCAAGGUGAUGAACUUGGGCACCUGCAUAUGUCCUUCAAAGAAGUUUAUAUUUGUACUUCGAACUACCAAUUUGCACUUAGGACUAAAGUCCUAA